GCCAAUUUAUGUGCCAGUUAUGUUCCAGUUAUAAAUCAAAGUGUUCUAGUACCACACAUAGUUAAUUGUGAGGACUAUCUGCAGAUGCAGGCUUCUCCACUUCAAACGAGUCAACCAACUCCACCUGAAGAACUUCAUGCUGCUGCCUAUGUGUUUACAAAUGAUGGGCAGCAAAUGAGGAGCGACGAAGUGAAUUUGGUUGCAACAGGGCAUCAAAGCAAAAAGAAACAUUCCAGAAAAUCCAAGAGACACUCUUCAUCUAAGAGAAGGAAGAGUAUGUCCCUGCGGUUAGACAAACAGGAAGAUGCUGCAGUCACUCACAACGUUCAUGAAGAGAGGAUAAAUAACGGCCAACCAGCAGCUAAUAACGUCUUGUCGACUGCUCCACCAUGGCCUGAUGCUACCAUCACUCACAAUAUCCAUGAAGAGAGGAUGGAAAAUGGCCAAUCUCGAACUGAUAAAGUCUUGUCAACUGUUCCACCACGGCUUGUUCAUAUGGCUGCAGCUGGUAUUCCAUCCAUGAGUACCAGGGAUCUGCAUUCUACCGUCACUCACAAUUUCCGUGAAGAGAGAAUGGAAAAUGGCCAACGCCAACCUGAUAACGUCUUGUCAACUGGUCCCACAGGGCUUAUUAAUAUGGCAGCAACUCCUAUUCCAGCCAUGAGUGCCGGAGAUCUCUAUGCUACAGUCACUCACAAUGUCUGUGAACAGAAGAUGGGAAAUGUCCAACCAGCACCUGAUAACGUGUUGUUGACUCUUCGACCACAUCGUAUUAAUAUGACAGACACUGGUAUUUCACCCAUGAGUACCACGGAUCCGUAUGCUACCAUCACUUACAAUGUCCCUGAGGAGAAGAUGGAAAAGGGCCAACCCCAACCUGAUAACAUCUUGUCAACUGCUUCAACAGGGCUUAUUAAUGUGGCAGGAGCUGGUACUCCAGCCAUCAGCACCAAUGGCCUGUAUUCCACCGUCACUCACAAUGUCUGUGAAGAGAAGAUGGAAAAUGACCAACCUCAACCUAAUAACAUAUUGUCAACUGUUCAACCAAUGGUUAUUUAUUUGACAACAGCUGGUAUUCCGGGCAUGAGUACCAGGGAUCAGUAUGCUACCGUCACUCACAAUGUCUGUGAAGAGAGGGUGGUAAACAACCAACCAGUACCUAGUAACGCCUUGUCAACUGUUCUACCAGGGCUUACUUAUUUGGCAACAGCUGAUACGCCAGCCAUGAGUACCAGGGAUCAGCAUGCUACCAUCAUUCACAAUGUCCGUGAAGAGAAGAAAGGUAACAGCCAACCAGCCCCUGAUAAUGUCUUGUCAGCGGUUACACCAGGGCUUAUUAACUUGGCGGGAGCUGGUAUUCCACCCAUGAGUAGCAGGGAUCAGUAUGCUACCGUCAAUCACCAUGUCCACGAAGCGAGGAUGGAAAACGGCCAACGAACACAGGAUAACGUCUUGUCAAAUGUUCUAUCCGGGCUUAUUAAUAUGCCAGGAGCUAGUAUUCCAGCAAUGAGUUCCAGGGAUCUGUAUGCUACCGUCACUCAAAAUGUCCGUGAAGAGAGGAUGGAAAAUAACCAACCACAACCUAGUUAUGACUUGUCAACUGUUCUACCAGGAUUUACUUAUUUGACAGCAGCUGCUAUUCCAGCCAUGAGUACCAGGGAUCAGUAUGCUACUGUCACUCACAAUGUCCAUGAAGAGAAGAUUAAAGAUGGCCAAGCAGCAUCCGAUAAUGUCUUCUCAACUGUUCCGCCAGCACUUAUUAAUAUGGCAGCAACUGGUGUUUUAUCCAUGAGUUACAGGGAUCAGUAUGCUGCAGUCACUCACAACAUCCAUGAAGAGAAGAAAAAUAACAGCCAACCAGCACCUGGUAACAUCUUGUCAACUGCUCCUCCAUGGCUUCGUCAUAUGGCAGCGGCUGGAAUUUCAUCCACGAUUACCAGGGAUCUGUAUGUCACCGCCACUCACAAUGUCCAUGAGGAGAAGAUGACAAAUGGCCAACAGGCACCUGAUAACUCCUUGUUAACGGUUCCACCAGGGUGUAUUAAUCUGUCAGGAGCUGGUAUUUCAUGCAGGAGUACCAGGGAUCUGUAUGCUACUGUCAUUCACGAUAUCCAGGAGGAGGAGAUGGAAAAUGGUCAAACCCCUCCUGAUGGCUUCCUGUCGAAUUCUGAUUCACCAGAGCUUAUAAAUAUGACAGGACAUCGUACGCCACCCAAUGCAUUGGAUUCUUUCUCUUACGACUUCACAAGUCUCAGCAAAGAUGAGCUGCUUUACAAACCUGAUAGUAAUGAAUUUGCGGUAGGCACCAAAAACUACAGUGUCUCUGCAGGUGACCCACCAGUCACAACAAUGUCUUCAGUGGAAACUGUGCCAAAUACACCACAAAUAUCUCCUGCCAUGGCAAAGAAAAUUAAUGACGAUAUAAAAUAUCAAUUAGUGAAAGAAGUUCGAAGGUUUGGGCGAAAUUAUGAAAGAAUUUUCAUUUUGCUUGAAGAGGUACAAGGAUCUAUGAAAGUCAAGAGACAAUUUGUUGAAUUUACCAUCAAGGAAGCAGCAAGGUUUAAAAAAGUUGUCUUAAUUCAGCAACUCGAGAAGGCGCUUAAAGAAAUAGAUUCCCACUGCCGUCUCAGAAAAGUUAAGCACAUGAGAAAAAAAUAAUUGUGUUAGUGCAAAGACCAAGGAGAAACAAGGACAUAUGCUAUAGGAUGGAACAGGUUAUUGCUGAAGCUCCCUAUAAUCCUGAAGUGAAGAGAAUUCCCUUC